AUGUCUGAGAUUUCAGAAGUCACGGUUCUCCGCAAGGAACUCUCCAACUUACGGACUCCGCUGGAGACCAUUGAAUCAAGAAUUAAAUCGAUACCUUUGGCUCCUGUCCAAUUAUCAAGUCAAAUAUCAAGUCGCAGACUGGCGAAGGGCGAGGAUAAGCUGCAGGUACACGACAAGGAGGAAACCUCGCGGGUCUCGAUUAAACUUCGCAAGACAUCUUCCUCAAGAUCAAAAAGAAAUGCUCAGACACUCCGCAGCCGGUCGUUUAAAGUGAUGCGACACCUCAUCAACGUUGUGGAUAUCUUGCACGUUGAAGGCAUAACUAGCGAUUCAAACAAGAUUCACAUUAACAGAAGUAGUUCUUGCAAUCCGGUUGCCUGUCGUUCCUCAGCAGUAAAGGCAAAAGCAGCAGCGAAACCAAAGAGAGCGUUGUCAUUGAAGGAGGAGGCCAUUCUGUCUGGUAGCCGAAACGAAUUGGACGUCUCUGCUAUCUCGCUUCCACCAAUAACCGAGCUUGGAGCCCCAGUGAAUCCAAAGUCAGCAAAGAAGCCUCCGACACUGCCAAAGAACUUAGAGACCACUCUCAGCACAAGCUCUGAGACCCCUCGGAGCCUUCAUCCUCAAGUCCCUUGUUCAGCCACUUCGCUUCCAGCGACAACAGAGUUCCAAGGACCAAUGAAAGCCGAGUCAGCGAAGGAGCCUGUGGGAAUGCCAAGUAGACUGGAGACAACUCUUAAUACCGGUUCCGACUCCCCUCGACACCUGCAUCCUAAGCGACCUCGCAAAGUCAAGUUGUCCAACAACUCGGCUGCUUUAAAUCAACAUUCAGAAGUAGUAUUACCCAAGACAGCUGAAAUGUCUACAGUCACAAGAACUCCAGCGGAAAAUAUGCCGGAAGUUACGGAGUACAACCGCCUGCAACUUCGCUGUGGAAGUUUCUCCCUCCUCAAGCACGACCCUGCUAUGCUAGAUCUCCUACCAACAUCAGUCAAAGACAAGAAUUUCAUUGCAACUGCAUCAAUGACCAAUAUAGAAAACUUACCACAAGCAUCCAAAAUGUUGAUCAGAAGAAAGAUCCUCGGUAUUUGGGAAUGGAAGGAAGGCACUUCAAUGGCUAGGCUUCAUGAGUACAAGACACCGGAACCUGGGACUACUAUCAGUAACAGAAGCUUUAAGUUUGUUGGUUUUGCAUGGAAAGGCACUUUAGGACAACAGCCCCCAAGAAUAGAAGAACUUCACAAAGACAUCUCACAAGGCGCCGACACUCUGAGAUGGUAUUGGUUCAAAGAUCUCUGGUUACUUUUUUACUUUGAUUAA